AUGUACAAACUUCAAACCAAAGGAGUAAAAUCUGCUGCUGGACUAUGGACUUCAAAUGUCUCUAAGAUCAGACAAUCUCUUAAAAAUGUUUACCAUAAAUGCAAGAUUCCACAUCUAUAUUCAACUAGAUACCCAAGUACGGCUUCCUGUGAUUUUGCUCAAGAUGACAUCAGCACUGAUGAAGAAAUGAAUCGUAGAGUAACGCUCCAAGAGAUUAAAACCACCCAAAGUGAACUCCUCAGACAAAUGACUGGUAUUGUUACUUCAGUAAUAAAAAUCCAGGAAAAGAAUGACCUUUACCAGAAGCAAAUGGAGACAAUACAAAUGAGAGUGAAUGUUAACAAAGACAAACAAUGUACAAUAACUAACAAUAUCUUCUCUGUAAAAGAAGACAUUGAUGUCUUAAAGAAGAAGAUGAUGGAAUUAGAAAACCAGAAUUCUUACUCUAGCAUACCUUGUUUAGAGGUUCUGGAGGGAGAAAAAGAUCAAGAAAUCAUAGAAGUGCUUCAAAAACUCAUACAAUCAGAAACUCUGAAGAAGACAUCAGUCUCUACAGACUCUAGAAUCUCUUCAAGAACAGCAGAGGAAGUGCCCAGUUAUCUAGGACCCACUGGUCAUCUUAAAGAAAAAGCAAUGUCUCCCAAAAUUAAAACUCUGAGGAAAAGUUACCAUUCAAACACAUCAAAACGCUUUAAAAACGCAGAGUCAAAUAUUUGUAUCUACCCAGACUUUAGUAAAUGGAUCAAGCUAACUUUUGUCCAUGGAGGAAAGUGGACAUUUUUCCUUAGUGCUACCAAGUUGGAGGAAUUCAUCCAGUGGCUUCUUUCUAGGCCAACCGUCCUUCCUGAGGAACCCCAACUCAUCACCCAGAGAUACUGUCCAUUUGCCAGGCCUAUUGCAAGCUUGACCACAAUGUGUCUCUCUGUUUUCAAUUACGUUUACUGCCUCUUUGGUUCCUCCAAAGAGGAAGUAACUCGACUAUAG